AUGUCAGAUGAAAUAAUAUCUCAAGCAAGAGCAUUUUUAGAAACUUCACAACCAGAAAAGGCAUUAGAUUUAUUAUAUCCUUAUAUUGAAUCACAAAUUGAUUCUAUACCUUAUUUAUCAAUUUUAGGUGAAACUUAUUUAGAAAAUAAUGAAUUAGAAAAAGCUUAUCAAAUAUUAACUCGUGGAUGUGAAUUAGAUCCAAAUGCCAACGAAGGAUUUGAAAAAUUUUUAUAUUUAGGACAAAUUAUUGGUGGACAAGAUGGUAUAAAUUAUAUUAAUAUUGCCAUCAAUAAAUUGCAAUCCUUAUUAUUAUUAGAAGAAGAAGAAGAAAAUGAUUCAACUAAGAAAUCAUUUUUCAUUAAUAAAUUAAAUCUGGCAAUUUUUGCUGAAAUUGAAAUUUGGAUGACUGAUUUAUGUAUGGAACCAGAAGCAGAAUCAAAAUGUAAUGAAUUAAUUGAUUAUUCAUUACAAUUAGAUGAUAAUAAUAAUCCGGAAUCUUAUUCAUUAUUAUCAUCAAUUAGAAUUUCUCAACAAAGAACACAAGAAGCAAUUGAAGCAUUAUUAAAAUCUUGGGAAUUAUUUAAAUUGAAAAAAUCUAAAUUAGAAGAAAUGGCUAACAAUGCUAAAACUGAUCAACAACAAGAAGCAGAAGAAGAAGAAGAAGAAGAAGAUGUUGGUGGUAAUUCUGGUGAUUCAUUUGAAAUUGGUAUGGAAUAUGUUGAUUUGAUUCAACCAUUAAUUACAUUAUCGAGAUAUGCUAUUGAAUUAGAACAAUAUGAUAUAGCUAUACAAAUCAGUAAUAAUGUUCAAGAUAUUAAUGAAAAUAUAUUGGAUAGUUAUUAUAUUGAAAGUUUGGCCAAUAUUUUAAAAUUGAAAAAAAUUUUAUAUCCAAAUGACCAAAAUUAUAAAGAUAUUGAAUUAUCAGAAAUUUUGAACCAAGUCAAUGGUGAUAAUGAUGAAAUUAAUUCAAUUUUACAAGAUGUUAAACUUAGUUUAACUAUGGCUUAUAAAAUCAUUAAUAGUGAUAUUGGUGAAGAAUUCGAUCAUGGAUUAAUUGAACAAAUUAAUCAAUUAUUACAAGAAUUUGGUGGUCCUAUAAUGAGUGAAUUAAUGCCUCAAAGAAGACGUGGUAAUGAUGAUGAUGAUGAUGAUGAAAUAGAAGGUUGGGAAGAUGA